UGGGGAUAGGGAGAAGUUGGUGGGCGGGGACUCCAUGAAGCAUCUCUUUUUUCCAGCACCCUCAGGGGCGAUUCUGCGGUGGUGCCGCCGGGGUCGCAGGCAUUACCCAGUCUGUCUCUACUACUGGAUGAAUGGAAAUUCAGUGAUUUGAACCAAGUGCCAACAAGGCAUUGUCCUUGGUUUCUGUGCUUUGUACACAAGCUUCACAUUCUUUGUACGUCUUUUCUUGACAUACACCUGCAUUAAAUUUUUUUUUAAAAUGAAGCAGUUGAAAAGGAAAAGGAAAAGCAAUUUCAGUGUCCAGGAAACUCAAACCCUUUUGAAAGAAAUUACCAAAAGGAAAGAAGUCAUUUUUUCCAAGCAGCUCAACACAACGAUAAACGUAAUGAAACGGAUGGCUUGGGAGGAGAUUGCACAGUGUGUGAACGCGGUAGGUGAAGGGGAGCAGAGGACAGGGACAGAGGUGAAAAGAAGGUACCUGGACUGGCGGGCACUCAUGAAGAGGAAGAGGAUGAAGGCGAACAUGAAGCUGGUUGGCUCAGGGUUUCCCCUCCCCACGUCUGAUUUAGACGACUCUCUCACUGAGGAGAUAGAUGAGAAGAUAGCCUUCCGAAACGAUGCAAAUUUUGACUGGCAGAACGUGGCGGAUUUCCGGGAUGCAGGUGGAUCCCUAACAGAGGUCAAAGUGGAAGAAGAAGAAAGGGAUCCCCAGAGCCCUGAAUUUGAAAUCGAGGAAGAGGAGGAAAUGUUGUCCUCUGUCAUACCAGAUUCCCGGCGGGAAAAUGAGCUUCCCGAUUUCCCGCACAUUGAUGAGUUCUUCACCCUCAAUUCCACACCAUCCAGAACUGCCUAUGACGAGCCGCACCUGCUGGUCAACAUCGAGAAGCAGAAGCUGGAGCUGGAGAAGCGCCGGCUGGACAUCGAGGCGGAGCGGCUGCAGGUGGAGAAGGAGCGGCUGCAGCUGGAGAGGGAGCGACUGCGCCAUCUGGACCUGGAGCACGAGCGGCUGCAGCUGGAGAAGGAGCGGCUGCAGAUGGAGAGGGAGAAGUGGAGGCUGCAGCUAGUCAGCGCCGAGAAGCCCGCUCUGGAAAGCGAACUGGGCCAAGGGGAAAAAUCCAUGUUUCCGCCCCAGGACCUAGAUGCCGAGAAGCUGAAACUCGAGCGAGAGCGCUUGCAGCUGGAAAAAGAUAGGCUCCAGUUUUUGAAGUUCGAAUCCGAGAAGCUGCAGAUCGAAAAGGAACGCUUGCAGGUGGAGAAAGAGAGACUUCGAAUCCAGAAAGACGGACACCUGCCGUGACUGUCUUGAGUUCUCCCCUGAGCAAGUCUCUCUGAACCGUAGGUUUUCCCUAUCAGGUGUUAAUAAAGGUGGUUGCUGGAUUAGCUGUGUAAUUUUUUUUCUUCCUGUCUAAUGUCAGUAUUUUCAGUAGGAAAAGGAUAGUUCCACGUGGGUAUGCUUCAGUGGUGUGUUAUGUAAACACUGUGCCCCUACAUAAACAGAAGAGAGUGCUAGACUCUUUCACAGUACUAAUAUUGCAUAGAUCACAGUAGUAAUAUUGCAGAGUCCUGUCUUACCUGUGCAUCUAGAGUUUACAAUUAUGUCUAUGUAAAGUUCUAGUCCAGUGGUUCUCCAGUGGGGUUUGGGCUUCCAGAAGACAACCAGCAGUGUGGAAACGUUCUCGGUGGUCAAGGCAGGAGGAAGUGGGUUGCUACCCACAUCUGAUACGUAGAGGCCACAGAUACUGCUAAACACCACAUAAUGUCUGGGUCUCCUCCUCACAGGAAUGACUACCAACCCAGACAUCACCAGUGCCAAGUUUUGAGAAACCUUUUCCUGGCCUAACUGUGCACCUCUGUAGCUAUGUUUUAUAGUUUUAGAAUAUUAAAACCUCAGAUAUUUAUGUGGAUAGAUACUUAAAUGGCCAAAAACAUUUUACCUAUGAAAUAUUACUGUGUGGUAUAUUGAGUAUAGGGAGUGAUGAAGAUUGUAGGUAUUUCCUUCCCAUGGUUUCAUCCAUAAGUAGACUGAGAGACUGAGAAAACAAUCUGGGGAACAUCCGAGAUUGUCUGACAGGGUUGCUCUGAAAGGCAGCCCAUCUCAGGACUGGGAAGCGGUAGUUCUCUCUUUGACUCUGUUGUCUUAGUUUGAAAGCAGAACUUAGCAUUUCAGUUAUGUACUGAGACCUUGUAAGACAAUGUCAGAAGCUAGUAAAAAUGGUACGAAUGCCAAAACAAUACGAAAUAGUUCAUGAGCUCGAACCCAAUGAGUUGUUGGUUGGUUUUUGAAAUGAAGAAUAGCCAUUUGAGAGUGGGAGGUUGGAAAAUGUCUCUGUAUCUGUCACAAUGGUGUGGAAACAAUGCUCAUAAGUGUGUGUGUUAGGGAUAGGGAAAAGCCCUUAUACAUUCUUUGACCUAAUCUGUAUAACUGUUCAUUGAAGAAGUGUCUGACUAGUCCUGAAUCUGAGGUUCAGGGACAUCCUGUAGUGAGCUAACAGCAGAUGCUUCAUACAACAGUGUGUUUUGACUUUGCCCCUUCUGAAUGAGUGAGCUUUGUAUUUCCAGUCCCUAUCUUCACCUGGUGAUCUGCUUCCCGUUUCCUGACAGUGGUUUAUCACAGUCAUGCGAAUUUGAAUGCACACUGAAGUUGGAAAUGGUGGCACGAGUUCACUUUGUAUUUUCUGGUUUCCAGGGCUGAUAUGUAGCUUUAAUACAACUCUUCUGUUGACAGACUACCUUGAUUAUGUAUUUGUUCCUUGUUAAUUCAAGAAUGGCUAAAAGUCAUGUCGAUGUUUGAGUAUGGGUAUGUAGCCAUACUUACUUUGAUUUUGAAAUAGUGUUAUUUUUCUAUAACUAUAUCAGAUGCUUCUACCGUAGAAAUAAAUUUGCUUAUACUGUG